AUGAAUCACUUUGAGAUUCGGGAGGUGCCCGGAAAGGGUCGUGCGAUGUUCGCGACCAAGAAUUUUGCGGCGGAGGAGGUGAUCUUCGAAGAGGAACCCUUUGUGUCCCGGCAAUUCUCGUGGAACGUGGCCUACGGCUACGUGGCCUGCGACCACUGCAUGCGGCCGCUGGAAACGGUGCUGGAGAAUGUCCGCCGCCUGGCCAGCGAUCCCCAAGUGGAGGUGCCGCUGCUCCAACACGAUCCCACCGCCCAGUGGGUGGCCCAGUUCACCCAGUGUCCGCGCUGCAAGGUUCGCUACUGCUCCGAGGACUGCCUGAUGGAGGCCCAGAAGCGCUACCACCGGCUGGCCUGCAUGGGAGCCUUCCGCUCGGACGACUCGCAUCCCAUUAAUAUCCUCAACGAGACCUGGAAGAAGAUGCACUAUCCCCCGGAGACGGGCAGUAUAAUGCUGAUCGUGCGCCUAAUGGCGCUCUAUCAGCAGAGCAGCAAGAAGGCCGAGUUCCUCGAGCAACUGCAGUCCUUCCAGGCGCUGAUUGUGAAUCGCGAGCAGAAGAUCUACCACAAAAUGCUGGGCGAGAACUUCGAGCAGCAGAUGGAGCAGCUGUAUCUGGCGUUCUGCAAUGCCUUCCCCGGCGAGGAGUUCGCCAUGUUCACCACGCCGGAUGCUUUUAAAACCCUGAUGGGCAUUAUGGGUACCAACAGCCAGGGCAUCGCGACAAGCGUGCUUUCCCAAUGGGUCGUCAAGGUGUCGGAUCUGCCACUGCCGGAUGCGGAUAAAGCCCAGCUGGACACGGUAAUCGAUGGGCUCUACGCCAAAGUCGGAGAAUUUGCUGGCGAAUUCCUGAACAACGAGGGCUCCGGUCUGUAUCUCCUGCAGAGCAAGAUCAACCACAGUUGCGUACCGAAUGCCUGCUCCACUUUUCCAUAUUCCAACGACAUUGUGGUGCUCAAGGCCUUGGCGCCCAUUCAAGAGGGAGAAGAGAUCUGCAUCUCCUACCUGGACGAAUGCAUGCUGGAGCGGAGUCGCCACUCGAGGCACAAGGUUCUGCGCGAAAACUAUAUAUUCGUCUGCCAGUGCCCCAAGUGUCGAGCCCAGGCCUCUGAUCCCGAUGAGACCAGCGAUGACGACGAGGAUGACGAUGAAAUGGACGACUACGACGAUGAUGACGAGAUGAACUAGCCUAAGAAAAUGUUUUUUAAAGAGCGAAAAAUGAGCUACAGAGUAUAUAUAGAUUCUAGAAUAAAUGUUAAAGAUUUUGAAGAA